AUGACAUGGUCAAAAUGCGUGGCUUUUGGCGAACAGGAGGCUGCUUGGUUUCUCUUCGGUCCCAAACCCAAGCGUGAUGGGUUCUUUUGGCAUUACAGCGGAAUGCCAGAAGCCUUUCUCAAUGAGGCUGACAGGCUGGCUUGCGGGGUGAACCAAGUUGCUUUAGGCCCAAAUGGAGAAUGGUGCGCCAUUUUCGCCGACAGAGACCGGUCAACCAUUUUCGGCAACACGUCCGAUGAAUUUGCUGAAUCAGUGAAUGCCACGAGGGACACUGCUGGCAGGAUGCAGGUGUCCUGGGUUGCGUUCGGCCCGCAGCAGUCUUUUUUCGUUCAGCCGGUGAAGGGCGAGCCGUUUUGGCAUGGCCUUCCGCCGGAUUUGGAGGACCUGGUGACGAAGUAUCCGCUUCACAUAAAGCAUCUUGCGCUGGGUCGACCGACCGGUUGGUGCGUGCUGUUGAACAACAAUGCAUGGAAAUGGAGCUUGCCAUCUCAUCCUGUAUUAUCGGCAUGCCUGCAAUCCGAUGUUAAAGCAUUGAGGUAUAUAUCGUUCGGCAACGCCGGCGACUACUUCAUUGAGACUGAGCAUGAGCAAUGCUAUUGGCAGGCGGGAAGUAGCCUAGCGCAAGUCUUGUCGUAUUACUACAACAGAAGCUCGCGAAAGGAAAAGGUCAAAUCAGUUCUGACUGACAGCUCGACUUUGCAAAGUACACAUACAGGGCUCAUGUUAAUCUUUGAGAAGGUGCUCGAAGAGCAUUAUGAGGAUUCCUACUUCAACCAGCUGAUGGAGAAGAUCAAGAGUCAGCUACUUUUUGAUCCACAGUUCACGCGAGUGUAUUCGUUCAAUCCUGCCUACUAUGGUGAAAGAGGAGGGCACCCAUACUUCAAACCGUGUGGAUGGCGCAGAUGCUCGCUUGCGAUCGACAAAUUCGAACAGUAUUCAGAUUGGUGCAUAGCGUAUCAUGGGACGAGUUGCUGGAAUGUCGCAUCCAUCAUGCUUCGUGGACUCAGAAGGCCGGGUGACGAAGGGGUCAGUGUCGCACACGGUCAGGCUUACAGCCGCAGCGGCUGCAGUAUUUAUGUCAGUCCAUCCAUUGAGUAUGCUGCUCAUCCAGUCUAUGCAGAGUUUUUUGAAAUUCAACACGACCACUGGGCACAGCUUGUGCUUGAGUGUCGCGUCCGUCCGAGCUCGUUCAUAGUGAAGCCUGGAUCUUUGGGGAGCAAUCAUUGGCCCGCCCAUCUUCGCAUGGACCAAAACUUCGAAACGAAUUCUAAGCUGGAGUGGCUACUUGACUGCCCCGAAGACGUCGUGUUCACUGGGCUCAUGAUCCGUGAGUUCGGAAAACUCGCAAGCGAAGAGAUCUACGGAAGCCUGGUGCGCCAAGUGGCUCGGAGAGGCCAGGGGCCACAGUUUGAAUGGACAAAGCUGCGAUCGGCAGAGUACGAGCGAUUGCAGCAUUAUGUCUGA